AUGACCAGCCUCAACCCGGGAGACUGCACGGCGGCGACCUGCCCCGUGGCAGGCGGCUUCCUGUCCUCGCCGCCGAGCCUCGAGGGCAGCGCCGUCAUGCUGGCCGCCUCGGCCGUGCUGGUCCCCGUGCAGGUCGUCCUGGGCGUGCGGUACCGCACGCCCCUCUACGCCGUCACGUUCGUGCUCGGCCUGCUCUGCGAGGUCAUGGGCUACGUCGGCCGCAUCAUGCUGCGGACCGACCAGGCCAGCCGCCAGUACUUUGCCGUCUCGUUAGUCGGGCUCGUCAUGGGGCCGACUUUCAUCAGCGGCGCGAUAUACCUCGUGCUACCGCACGUCCUCGUCCUCUAUGGCCGGGAGCUGAGCCUGGUGUCGAGGCCUCUGUACCUCGGGUUCCUGUUCCUCGCCUUCAACGCGUUUACCCUCGCGUUCCAGGCCGUUGGGUGCUCGUUUGCUGCGAAUGGCGCGAGUAAAGGAGAAAUAACACAAGGCGUCCACGUCCUCAUCGCCGGCCUGGGCAUCCAACUCGGCAGCCUCAUCCUCUUCUUUGUCCUCUACUACUGGUUCAUCCUGCGCAUCACGCGGGAGCGCCACCUGAUCGAGCCCCGGCACUCGGCCGUCUUCCUCUCGACGCACUUUAAAAUCUUUGGGCUGUGCCUGCAAAUCGCCACAGCCCUGCUCCUCAUCCGCACCAUCUGCCGCAUCGUCCAGUUCGCGGGCGGCCUCGACUCCCUCCUUGCCCAGUCAGAGGUUAUGACUGUCGUGCUGGACGGCGCCCUUGUCCUCAUCGCCAGCCUCGUGCUCUCUCUCGCCCACCCGGGCGCCGCAUUUGGCCGCCGCGCCUGGGCCGAGACCUCCCCCGAGUACAGCAGCAGCAGCAUCUGUGACGACGAUGGCUACUAUUACCACGGCGGCGGUGACGUUAACGCCGCUGCCGACGGCUCCGUGCCGCUGCAUGCCUCCUCGCCGCGGUACUGCGGGACCUACGACCAGCACCCCGCGGCGGCGGCGGCGUCGUCGUCGCACGAGAUGAAGAAAAAGAAGGAGAGGAAGUCGUGGCGGCAUAGCAACAAGCAGUACGGGGAACAGCGGCAGGCGGAGGAGGAGGAGUACCCGCCGCACUACAAGCCCAACAUCGGGGCGACGCUAUCGAGAAGCGUGAGCGCGAGCGCGAGCGCGCGGACGACGCCGAGGUCCGCGCAGCCGCUGGCGCCGACGUACCAAUACUCCCAGAAGACGCCGCCUUACGAGAUACCACCCUCGCAGACGGUGCCGUACGUGCUGCCCGGGGAGAUAUCCCCCCGGUCGGAAGGAACGCGGUCGAACAGGUCGAGCAACCAGACAGCCGCCGCCGGAGGCAGUAGGGGAGUAGCGGCAGCGGUGGGCCUACCGGCGCGGCCGAAGCCGUUGCAGCUCCAGCCGCAGCAUCAGCAGUAUCACCAGCAGACCAACAACGUGGUCGAUCCGGACUCGCUUUGGUAG